UUUCUGUGAAAUCAUGUGACCUCAGCGCGCCCUCCCUCUGCUGAUAUAAACUCUGCUCGCUCUCCUCGACAUCAGAGUGCUUCAUGACUCAGAGCUGAACGACAGGGAACCAAUCAGCUGCUCCCUCCUCCAGCUCCUCAGAAGACGUAACCAUGGCAACAAACACCACAACCAUGUAUGACCACAUCACCUGCAAAUGCCUGAUCCGUUCAGGGUCUCCUACCAUCUACCAGCUGAUACCAAAGAAAGAGAAUAUAGGAACCUUAAAAAGAAUGACUCUUGGUGAAAAAAAUCCAACUAAAGUACAUAAAACUAUCCUGCUUGUGGGAGAAACAGGAACGGGAAAAUCUACUCUGAUCAACGCUCUGGUCAACUACGCCAUGGGAGUGACGUGGAAGGACAAUAUCUGGUUUGAGAUCGUAGAGGAGGAGAAGCAAUCACAGAAAUGUGUAAGUCAGACAUCAGAUGUGAUCAUGUACGAGAUCUUUGGCUUUGAAGAUAAAACUCUGCCCUACUCUCUGACCAUCAUUGAUACUCCUGGAUAUGGAGAUACCAGAGGGCCUGAACAUGAUGACGCCAUCUCUACUAGAUUAACUGAUGUGUUCCGCUCACAGUACGGAGUUCAUGAGAUAAAUGUCGUGGGUCUGGUGCUGAAAGCGAGCGAGAAUCGACUAAGUGACCAUCUGAGGCACGUCUUUGAUUCAGUGGCGUCUCUGUUUGGAAAAGAAAUGGAGAACAACAUCGUCUCUCUCAUCACACACUCAGAUGGAAUGACACCUGAAAAUGUUCUAGACGCUCUCAAUGCUGCAAACAUCAAGUGUGCCAAAGAUGAAAAUAAUCAGCCUGUUCACUUCCUGUUUAAUAACCUACAAAAUAAAGAGAGAACAAAGAAAAUUAGAGUCCUUAAAAAUGCAUAUGAAACAACAAUGGAAGGAAUGUCAGAGUUUGGAGAGUUUCUGCUUAAAAAAGCUCCACAACAGCUGAAGACAACUGUGGCCGUUCUGGACGAACGCAUCAGACUGACAGCAAGCAUCCAAAACCUGCAAGAGCGAGUUAAGCUGAUUGAAUUUCAACAGAAAGAAAUCCAACAGACUCAAGAAGCCCUGAGGAAACAUGAACAAGAGAUGAAGAUCACUGUAGAAGUUGAUGAGGCCUACAAAGAUAAAGAAACUAUCAGCAGAGGAAUGUGGUUGUUGGUGUUUUAUGAAGGAGCUGUGUCCUGUAAUGUCUGUAAGGAGAACUGUCACUACCCUGGAUGCACAAUGGCCUGGUAUCCCAAACACUGUGAGGUGAUGAAGAAUGGUCGCUGCACUGUAUGUACAGGGAAAUGCCCUGUGUCGGAUCAUGUGAAGGAAAAGUGGAGAUAUGUGGCUAAGACAAGGAAACUUAAAAAAACUCUUCAAGAUGUGAAAAAGAAGUUUGACCAAAGUAAAGCAGACUGCGAAGAGAAAACAAGCCUUCUGGAAACAGUUCAGAAGAAAAUGGACGAACUUGAAAAGGACAAAGAUCAGUGGUUGGAAGACUCCUUCAAACAUGUUCUCAAACUGGAGCAGAUCGCUCUGAAUGUUGAUUCACUGUCCACUCAUAUCCAUCUGGACUUCCUGAUUGAGAAGAUGAAGGAGAACAGUGAUAGGUUUAAAGAGAAGGUCCAGAAACUGGAGGAGAUAAAGAGGCGAGUGAAUAAAGGAACCAAAGCAGGGCUGGGGUACAAGCUCGGUAGACUGGCUGCAGCUGCUGGCAGAGCAUUAAAAUAAAUGUUGGAAUAGGUGAACAAGAUCAUGAUUAGCUCUGAUUUAAACACGAUGAUCUUGUUGAUACAAACUUUAAAUCAUAGCAAAGAUUUAAUCAUGAUAUUAAUGUUCCACAUAACCUUAAAUGUAAUCACAUUGUAAAUUUCACAUUUGUAAUUCCUUGUAGUUUAUUAUUCACCAACAAAACUUUCAUUCUUAUAUAUAUUAGAGAGAGAGAGAAUCUGACUUAAAAUAUUUGAUAGUGUCAUCCAGCCCAUUGCACUGUACGGUAGUGAAGUAUGGGGUCCACUCAGACAUCAGAUCUACACACGCUGGGACUAUCAGCCAACAGAAUCUUUACACGCUGAAUUCUGCAGACACAUUUUACACGUACACAGAAACACACCAACACAUGCAUGCAGAGCAGAAUUAGGCAGAUACCCACUGAUCAUUAACAAUCACAAGAGAACACUCAACUUUUAGAACCAUCUGACAUCCAGCCCCACAGACACCAUCCACUCCAAAGCCCUCCAGACUCAAGAGCCCAGAAAAGAGUCCCCUAUGUCAGUUGGUACUGAGGCUAACUGCCCCCCGUCAGACCCGUCUCUCUCCUGUCAGAGAUAGAAAGCAGAGACCGAUCCUCACCAGGUACAAGCCCAGUGACCACAAACUGGCAAACAGGAAGACACAAAAAACCAUGGCAACCAAAAGAAAACAGAACAUGUGGUCACUGUUGGACAGGUGAGGUGGAGACAGAGAUGCACUUUCUCCUACAUUGUAAAAAGUUUGAUGAAACGAGGAACUUUUAUUUUAACAAGUUUAACUCUGUCAUCACAGAUUUCAAAGAGCUCAAUGAACUCUCCAAAAUACAAAUACUCCUAGGAGAAGGAGACAGGGCAUAUCCUGCUGCGACAAUGAUCAACACACACACACACACACACACACACACACACACACUUACUAUAUAAUCAAUGUUAAUGUUGUGUAAAUAUUCACAUUACUGUUUCUUGUGUACUGUCCAAAUAUUUGGACACAUUUUAUUUUAUUUUGUUUUGAUUUCAUGUAUACAACACAUGUAGAGCAAAACUCGGCCAAUAUCCCCUCCUCCUCAAAUUACAAAAAAAGAGCACUCAAAUUCUAUAAACACCUAAAAACAAGUUAAACCCAGUCCUACCAUCACAUCGCCUUGAGCUGCCGAGAGCUGAAGCCAGAGAAAAGUCCCCUCAACCAGCUGGUCCAGAGGCAGUCCGGCAACACCCAUAUACUACCAAACCAGGCUCAGGACCCUAAUACCCCCCAAAUUAGACCAAACCAGCCUGAAGACCCCAACAUCCCCCUGAUACAACCAAAUCAAAUUAUCGAAAAAGAAAAAUACAUCAAAUAUUGGAAAGAAACAACUCAUAAACAGAUUAAAAUGCUAUUGUGCCCUAAACAGAGAAUACUGUUGAAAGAUCAGAAAGAGUUAUGCAAUUGUUGAAUUUGUUUUUACCAUAUAUGUUAUUUUUCUUUUAUUAUCAUUUCAUCCAUUUAUCAUUUAAUUCAUAUGUCAUAUAGUCAGAACUAUUUUUUUUUUUGCUUUUACAUAUCCUGUCAAUCCUGCACACAUCCGCGGCGCCUAUGCAUCUGUGAGGUCAGGAUAAGUGUGCCAUACUUUGAGCAAAACCACAUACGAGCUCGUAGGUGUAUAGCGUUUCUGUGAAUCUGCAUGGUUCACGGUCAUCAAGUUAAAACUACAUAUGAAAUUGGUAUCACUGGUGGAUGUAUCAUGCUUCUGCGAAUCUGCAUUGUUGAGGUUUUACAGAAUCUUUGAAAAAAGUUUGGCUAUAAAAAUGCUGUGGAAAAGCUGAUCUUUUUCACUUUUUCUAAAGGGCUCCACGUCACUCUGACUUUUAAAUCCCCGUUUUGGGACUUAGUUUCUGAGACUGACAUCUUGUCUACACGCUCAGGUUUAAACUUUUGAAUUUGUAUUUUACUUUUUAAAUUUUUAUAUUUUUACUUUUACUGUUUGGAUUUAAUUUUGAAUAUCUUUUAAAGUUUUUUCAAUAAAUUUUCUGAAACUU